AGCCAUUACGCGUGUGAAGAGACGCAGUAGCGCUGCACGUACAGACGUGGUCAAGUGGCACAAAAACCUGCGUCUCCCAGUGACACACUGGCGUUUCAGUGCAAGUAUCAAAGUGAAUUUUUUGAGUACGAUUCAUUCCAACUGCAUGCACAGUCUGUAUGUUCGGAUGUAACGACGUAUCGUAUAUGGGAAUAGGGGUCGACGAGUGAGCGCAGCAUUCUGAGCGCAUCUCAAGCCGAGACUCAGACUGGGCUGUUUACGGGUGUCCUGCGGUUAGACCACUGAGCACUGAGCGUCAGCGCUCAUUCAAUGUUCGCUCCCCCUCAAAGAAAUCGCUUAAGGAUAUUUCCUUGGGAUCCCCAAACGCCGGAAAGGACAUGGGAAACUCCUAUGCUGGGCAGCUGAGGACCACACGCUUCGAGGAGGUGCUACACAACUCCAUCGAGGCUUCCCUGCGCUCCAGCAGCGUGAUCCCCAGACCCGUGUUCUCCCAGCUGUACCUGGAGGCGGAACAGCAUGCCUCCUCGCAGGAUGCUGGUAGACAGGACAACGAAGAAGAGGAGGAGGAGGAAGAGAGUUCUGAGUCCAACAGCCCUCCUAUACCAUACCAGAUGAAGCCCCCACCAGAGGGCUGCUGCACCACUGACGGCUUUUGUCAGUCAGGGAAGGACUUAAGACUGGCUUCCAUCGCCAACGACCCUCUGGAGGUACCGCCGGGGUUCCUGCUGGUGGGGGCCAAGUGCCCCAGCUUGCCGGACCACAUCCUAGUGUGUGCCGUAGACCGCAGGUUCCUGCCCGAUGAGAGCGGGCGCAAUGCGCUGUUGGGCUUCUCGGGUAACUGUGUGGGCUGUGGAGAGAAGGGGUUCCGGUACUUCACCGAAUUUUCCAACCACAUCAACCUCAAGCUGACCACCCAACCAAAGAAACAGAAGCACUUAAAGUACCGUCUCUUCAGGAGCCCGCAGGGGACCUUAGUGAAGGGCCCGCUCAUCUGCUGGAAAGGCAUCGAUGGUCGGGUGAAACAGAUGGCUUCUAACACCUGUGCAAGUCACAUAACCUCAGAGGAACUGCUGCCCACCCCCGCUGCCAUGGAGAUGCUGUCAGGCAUAGGUCACGUCGCCCCGACGACAGGUAAUAGCACAGCUGGUGUUCCUGCUGAUGUUCCAGCCCCAGCCUACCCUCAAGGAGCUCCACCCACCCAGCCCAGCAGCAGAGACUGUCCCCUGUCUCAGCAACCAAGGCACCCCCCGGGCAAACCCCCGAUGACAGGUACGAUAGCGAACACGGGACCCCCCAAAAAGAGACACAAGGGAUGGUCGCCGGAGCUGCGCCCUGCGACCGAGCCAGCCGUAAAGACGACCUCUUCUGCCUCGGCCCUUAACAAUAAAUUAGACAACAGCGCCCCCCUGUGCGCGUCCCAGGGCUGCUCACCGCUGCCGCCCCCAGAGGGUGCAGUCACAGUGCCCGACAACCUGCUGCAGACCUGCGGAGUGCAGCCCAUCAUCUUGAAAGGUCACGGAAGUCUGCCUCCGCUGUGCGGGAAUGUGUGUGAGGUCACCGUGAGCCCGCUGCUGGAGGCGUGUUACCGCAGCGCGCAGACGUUACCCAGGGUCUACGAGCAGUACGGCGCCUCUCCCAUCCAGCCGCUGUCUGCCGAGAUGCAGAUACUGCUCACUGUCUACUACCUGGUGCAGCUGGCGCCUGACCAGGUGCCCCUCAUCGAAGACCUGGAGCAGAUCUUUAUGCGUUCGUGGCGCGAGUCCCACCUGACCGAGAUCCGUCAGUACCAGCAGGGUCACGGUCAGCCGCCGCCCACGCUGCCCAGCCCGGCCCAGCCGCUCACGGCCUCCCAGCUGCCCUGGUUAGCCAAGCUGGCUGCAAGCUCCUGCGGGGAAGGGGUGCUGGUGCUUGAUACAGCUGGAUCGCUGACGGAGGGGCUGGAGGACACCUUUCUGUGUCUGCAGGAGGGCAAGCUGGCCCAGACCAACUACGUGGUCAUCAUCUGCUUACCGAGGGGCCACGACAUCGAAUCCUGUGUGGUGGUUACAGGGAAGCAGCAGGCGCGGGCCCUGGCUGAGAGCAUGCACACCCCAGCGGACAGCUUGAAGGAGAUCGCCCGCCAGCUGGCUACUGGGAAGGUGGCAGAGUUGGACACUUUCUUCAGCUCUCUGGGCCCAGAUGGCAACGUGGAUGCCUUGUUAGAGGAGUCUAGCCUGGAGGGAAACAGCCAUUCAUCGCUAUCCAGCAUUCUCCAGUCCUCAGGGGAGUCCCUCAAAGGCGCCUGCACAGAGUACCGGGUGGAAUGGCACGAGAUCCGUCCGAUCCAGCUAGCUGUGGCCCGAAAGCUGCUUUCCCACCUGUGCGCCAUCGCCGACUCCAGCACUCAGAACCUGGACCUGGGCUCUUUUGACAAGGUGGACUUCCUCAUCUUAGUCCCACCGUCCGAGGUUACCUUUCAGCAGAUAGCACUGCAUCUGUGGAGCUCAGGCGUUCUGCAGGAGCUGGGUCUCGACGCGAAGGGCACGUCGCACAUAGAGGCGGAGCAGCGUGUGGUGCGGCUGAACCGGGAGGCCCAGGGCAGGAUCAACACUCUCAUCCACAAUUCGAGGAUCAACCCCUCCACCCUUUUCAUCUUGGUGCAUGACCACGCGCACUGGGACCUGAGCAGGGGACCCUACGCUGGGGGGGACUCCUGCUCCGGCCUGGUGGACAGUCUGCUGAACUGCCAGGGCAUCUGGGAAGCCCCCAACAUCGUGACCCUCCAUGUGACCUCCUUCCCGUUCGCCCUGCAGACCCAGAGCACCCGCAUCAGCCCCUACAAUGAGGUGCACUGGCCGUCCAGCUUCAGCAACGACGUGGAUUUGUAUCAGGAAAAAACCAAAUACUUCGGAAUGUCCGAGUUCUUGGAGUCUACGCGUUCGGGGAGCGGGUUGCCCCUGCUUCGAUACGACAGCUUGUUUGAGAGCAUGGCCUCCGCGUUGGGGGAGAGGUUUCCCAAGCUGCACAGCUCCGUGAUCCGGACCUACGUCCUGAUUCAGCACUACACCCUGGCCCUGAUGGUUCUGUCGGGCCGCUCGCGGCUGCAGAAGCACACGUCGGCGGAGACGCUGGAGCUGGUGCGGGACCUCUUGGACUCCUCCCGGGGCUGCUCCGGGCACCACGGCCACAUGGUGCUGCUGCGUGUCCCCUCGCUGUCCUUGGCCUCGCUGGCCCACCAGCGUCUGCGCCGUGUGCGGGACUCCCUGGGUCUGCAGGAUCGCUUCGAAAUCGUCCUGGGAAGCCCCGGCUCAGGGCUCUCCGUCAGCAGGCACUUCCUGGAACAGCUGAAGACAUGGUUGAACAUCCAGGACUCCAACUGGACGCCACGCACUUACCUAGAGCUGGAGGCCUUGCCGUGCAUCCUCAUAUUCAGUGGGAUGGACCCCCUGGGGGAGUCACUGCCCAGGUCUUUGAAGUACUGCGACCUGCGCCUGAUCAGCCCUUCCCAUCUCCUACGCACCACGCUGGAGCAGGAGCUGGGCCUCGCAGCCUACCUAGUGAGAGCGGAAGCACAGGGGGGGCGUCCACCUGUCAGCGACCUGUCCGAGAGCGACCCCGAGAAGCUGAGCAGCACCGACAAUGAGGAAGAGGAGCUUGUGGGAAAUAGAAGUGCGGAUCCUCCUGGCCUGGACCGCUCAGUUCCUUCAGCUGGCUUGUUAACCUUACCCGACAGCAGCAUAGUGGAUCACGAGCAGCAGGGGGUCCGCCAGACCCCCGGCAGCUCCGUAAUCGUUUCUGGCGACCCGGCCCAGUGUAAGAGACGGCCAUCCUCGUCCACACAGGCUUCUUCCCAUUCAUCCCCCGGCCGCCGCUGCCCCUGGGCCCACAGCCGUAACCGGCCGCCCGUGGUGCUCCUGCCAAGGGUUGCAUAUGAGGCCCUGACCUCAGUGGACAGCAGUGGCCUGCCCAAGUCCACAUCCUUCCUGCCACACCCAUACGUCGAGUGGGCCAGUUCCUUCCGCCCGCUGCUCAGCAAGAUGAUGACCUGCACUGAGCAGUCACUCUACUAUCGCCAGUGGACGAUACCUGGACCGCAACACAUGGACAGCAGCAACCGUGCCGAGGGGAGGGCCGAGAACUUCCACCCCCGCAGGCUGCUCCUCAGCGGGCCACCCCAGGUUGGGAAAACAGGAGCUUACUUGCGCUUUUUGGGCAUACUCUCCCGGAUGCUCAUUAGACUGAUGGAGGUGGAUGUCUAUGAUGAAGACGAUAUCAACUUAAGUGUUCCUGUGAAGCCAGUUCAGUAUCAUCAGCCAGGUGUAUCUUGGCCAAAUAUCGACAUCCUCAAAGCCAUGCCUUUCGAUUACACUGUUCAUGACCCCAAGUUUGAGGACAUCAGCACUGUAUAUUCACCAGACUUCACCUCUGCUGGAGACGGAAUUGUCCGGAGGCAGGACGAAGUGUACCUGCGGCGACGUACCUCCAGAAUCAAGCUGUCCAAGUAUGCUGCUUAUAACACCUACCAUCACUGUGAGCAGUGUCAUCAGUACAUGGGCUUCAGUCCCAGAUACCAGCUCUACGAGUCCACUCUGCACACCUUCACCUUUUCCCACCUGCUCUUGGGGGAGGAGAUUCAGCUUUAUUUCAUCAUUCCCAAGUCCAAGGAACACCACUUUGCUUUCAGCCACCCCGGGGGACAGCUGGAGAGCAUGAGGCUUCCGCUCACUUCGGACUGGAAUCCCAACAGCAUCAAGAGUCCUAUUUUCACUCCUACAACAGGACGACAUGAGCAUGGCUUGUUCAACCUGUACCACGCCAUGGAUGGCGCCACACACCUCCACAUCUUGGUCAUCAAGGAGUAUGAGCUGUCUGUCUACAAGAAGUACUGGCCCAACCACAUCAUGCUGGUGCUGCCCUCCAUAUUCAAUGGUGCCGGCAUCGGUGCAGCCCACUUCUUGAUCAAGGAGCUGUCCUACCAUAACCUGGAACUGGAACGCAGCCGUCAGGUGGAGCAGGGAAGCCGCCCGCAGGAUGUCUGGCCCUUCAUCGUCCUCGCCGAUGACUCCUGUGUCAUGUGGAACUCCGUGGAAGUCGAUCCCCGGAGGUGCGGCUUUCCCAGCGCCCGAUUCUUGUGCGGGGGUGCCGUAACGGAGAAGAACGUGUCCCUGAAGCAGGUGCUGCAGCACAUGGAGUCGUCACCAGACAUCACGCGCUAUGGCCUGUGCGGGCUCCGGAAGUGGUCCAGCCGAGGCGUCGGGCCAGGCCGGCCCCGGGAACCAUUCUCGCGAGGGCACCUCCAUGAUUUCCUGCUGCUUAAUGUGGACCUCACGCAGGACGUCCAGUUCAACCAGAACCGGUUCUUGUGCGAUGGCGUGGACUUCAACCUGCGGGUUCACAGUGCCGGCAUUCUCAUCUUCCGCUUUAACAACUUCAGCGUGAUGAAGAAGCAGAUCGCCAUUGGGGGACACCGCACCUUCCUCAUCAAGACCAAGGUCACACCAGAUCCCAUGGCUAAGGUUUCGGACAUUCCUACCUCACUGCCCCCCUCCCAGUACGUCUGCGCCCCCGACAGCAAGCACACCUUCCUGGCUGCACCUGCACAGCUGCUCCUGGAGAAGUACCUGCAGCACACGAGCCAGCACUUAUUCCCCCUUAGCGUGCGAAACUACAGCCACCCGGUGCUGUCCGUCGACUGCUAUCUCAACCUUGGCCCUGAGGUUACGGUGUGCUUCAUCAGCUCCAGACCUCACUCCGUCAACAUCAGCACCACGGGGCUCCUCUUCGGCGGCCUGCUGCUCUACUUCUGCGACUCCUUUGUCACUCCCAGCUUCCUCAAGAAGUUCCAGUUUCUCAAAGGCGCCACCCUGUGCGUAAUCUGCCCCGACCGCAGCUCCCUGCGUCAGACCGUAGCGCGCCUGGAGCUGGAGGACGAGUGGAGGUUCCGCCUGCGGGAUGAGUUCCAGACGGCGAAUGCCAAGGAGGACCGGCCUAUCUUCUUCCUCACGGGGAAGCACGUGUGACAGUCGCAGAUGUGUAAACUAGGGCGAGGAGCGGGUGGGGGGCGUGCUGCAUCCAUGAAUCCUUGUGAACACUGACCCCUCCAUAGGGCUGCACAUAUUUUAUCUUUAUGAAUCUGUUGUCAGCAAUUUUAACUCAUCACAUUUUAACCAUUAAGACAAAUAGUUUCGUGUAACACUAAUUAGUAUGUAAUAAUACUAAUACUAUAAGUAAAUUAUACUGUACCAAUAUCAAGCAGUGCACAGGCAUCAGUCGGAAAACAUGCACAUGGCACCUAAUUCGCAGUGUUGGAAAGUGUGCAGACUGCUGAAAAGCUGCAUUAAUGCGCACUAUUGAGAAUCCAGUCCCUGAAAGCGGCACAUAAUUGAAGAACUGUAUCAAUAUGUGAUGUAAUGUCCCUAUCUUCAGGAAACUGUCAAAAUGUCCUGUAUGUUUUUAAUUUUUAUGUAAAAAUGUGUAUUUAUAUGUAAAUGCUUAUCAUUGCUGCGG